CGGCCGGCUGCAGUGGAGGCUCAGCGCUCUCACUACCGACAACAUGGCGAGCGUGGCGGCGCUGCUGACCUGUGUGGUGACCCUGCUGUGCGCCUGGCCGGCAGCCGUCGCCGGUCGCGGAGUCAGGGCCACUUCAGUGACCUGUUACUCCGUCCACGAGACGUUCCGUGUCGGCCAGGUCUUCUCCGACGACAACUGCAGACGGGUGAAAUGCAUCGACUUCAUGGGGCAAGGCUUUGUAAUCCCGGUUGAGAGGUGUCCGCUGCCGGAUAUCCCGGAGGGAGCCGAGUGCACCAUGACCGACGCCACCGAUGACGCGUUCCCGCUCUGCUGUCCGAAGGCGGUGUGCGGCAAGCUGUGAGCGCCGCCGGGCGCCGCCAUCGCCGCCGCGUCACCACCGCCGCCGCGGCGAAUCCGCUGCCGUGCCCCUCUCGCCCCGCGCCCCCUCGGGCCACGCCAGCCGACGUCCGUUCUUCGCACGCCAGAGUGCUGGCUGGUGGCGCCACCUGGUCCGGUGGCCCCAUGCCUACCGGCGCUUAGCAAGGGCUUCGAAGUCAGCAUGUUUUCUUUCUAGAUUUUCUUGUCCUAAGGUGUGGUAUGAGGUUAUUGUUUGCGCUUAAGUUAAGUUGACUGACAGCGAAUGGGCAUUUCUCAUAAGCAUGCGUCACGUAAGUAGGCGCUCAUUUCUGUCGCUCAAGGUUCGACCUCAAGCAAAUGUGCUCAUUAGUAGACGUGUGUAGAAGUUAAGGUGUCUGUGGUUAUGGUUCGUUAUACAUUACGCUAGGCACAAGCAGUGCAUCAUCGGCGUGUUCAUAUCUUUAAAAAUAACAUUUUUCGCUAUAGAGCUCCUUCUCCCUAGACAUGAGAAUAGCCAAUUGGUUCUUACGUUGAGUCAUUUUGAUACUUUUCAGAAGGUAUGACAUAUACAGCUGUAGGUGGGUACGGCUAUAAGAGUAGCAAUCGAGAUGGUGAAGAAUAGUAUCAGCAUUUUGUAGCUUUAAGCUGACGUGCCGUCCCACUAACUGCUGAAAUAUUUGCAGUGUUCGAAGCGUGAGUCCAGGCGAAUACCCAUUCAUGUUUUGUCACAGGUUAUUUUUCACGCACUCCAACCCUACUCAUUCGAAUGUGAUGUCUCUUCUUCGGUUUUGGUCUUGAACGCCGUACUGAGCAAAUGCACACAAAUGGUCGACAAGAACACGGAAAAGUGGAUGAUAACGACUCUUUUGUUUGAUUUGAAACAUAUAUGACAUGUUUACCAAAUGGCAACAUCUUGACGUGGAUGCAAGCCCUACACUGAAAACAACGUCAAUCCUUCUCGUAUGAACCGAUCUCGGAUAAUGUGUCGCUGAUUUGCCAUUCUGACCCCAUGCGAUUUCCCUCCGCCAUCUGGCUGUGCUCUACCUGCCUGUGCUCCGCCUGCCUGUGCUCUGCCAUCUGUGUGUGUUCACCCAGGGCCCCAUAAACAAGCUGUUGCAACUAAGCCAUUUAUAGACACAUGUAAUGGCUGAGGUCACAUGCGCCGGCGUCGGCGGCGGACGCCGGGAAUUCCACCGGAGAGUUAAAAGCGAAGCGGAGCGAAACGCCCUGCUUCGUGCACCUGACUGUCACGAGAGAACAUUUUUCCAGCCGCCAUCGAUCUGUCCCGACCUGCUCGGCUUGGAGAGGGCAGCACACCUUGCUCCACUUCCUGGGCACGAAAAGGGUCCCAAGAGAUAGAAUGAACGUUUGCAGUGCGUUACCGUGUCGCUUUCUUGACACUUUGCAGCUCUUGAGCGCCACUGGCAUCGUCGUUCCUUAUUUAGCGCGCUUCGAUUACGAUGGAAAAUAAAUGACGUUGGCCGUCACGAAUGCCUGGACGUCCGUCAGACCCGGGGCGCUCCGUUCGAAGCUCUUCGAGGGUGCCGUUGCUCGCGUGGCUGUGUUGGUCCCGCGAUCAAGAGAGAGAUCGGUGAUCACAGGAUGUGACACAUGGGAGGAUAGGAGGUCACACGCAGCGGGGUAUGGCAAACCCUCAUCCGCGCCCUUCCCUCCCUGCGUGCUGUGUCUGUCAGGUCCGCCUCAACCUCACAUGUUCCGCGUAAAAAUGCUGCAGGUAAGAAAAAUGGCACGAAUGCUGCUCAUCUGCAAUGCUCUUCAUGCUUUCUUCAGCGAAGUGAGAUCAGCACUAAUUACUUGGUUAUUGGAAUUGCUCUUGCGUCGUCAGAACUCUUCAUGUGACCGUUAUGGAAUGGCGCUUAUAGUCAAGGCCUCCAGCAGCUAAAUAAACAUUGAAAUGAGUCACUUUCCU